AUGCCGAACUUCGAACUAUCCUUCGAAUGUGAAGGUUCAAGAGAUUUACCACCUAAAAGGAACAGGAGGGGAAGGGAUGUGUACCAAUUAAGUACCAUAUAUAAUAAAUGGAACCAGGAUACUAAAGAUGGUCCGGAGCAUUUUGAGAUUGAGUAUUGGGAAAAAAAGAAUGGUAUGUAUUUACGUUGCAUGCACCUUGGAUCAGAGGUUCGCACAAGAUAUUCGAAUGAGGUCAAGGAAUGGGAAAGGAAGUACAAGGAAGACUGGGCAGUUGCAUACGGAUCAAGUGGUAAUGUCUUCAAGAAACCUAUGAACAAUGUGCAGAAGAAAGAUCCACAAAAUGAAGGGGUGAAAACAUUUCGAAAUGAAGGUAAUUUUGCUGUCAACGAACAAAGUGAGGUGGCUACCAAAACUUUGCAGCCCUUGGUGGACCCAUCAUCCAUCAUUCAAGAUAACUUAAAAAGAAGAGACACGUCAAUUCCUAGUGGUCAAUUGAAUUUUGAUAUGGCAAAACCUCAAGAUCAAUCAUCUCGGUCGCGUACCAAAAUGCCUCUUCCAAAGGUGCCUGAUUUCCAGUCAAAUCAUGCAAAUGCCCCCAAACACAAAUCAUCAAUGCCAGUUUCUACACCUUACACUUCCAAUGUUUUGUCAAGCUUACCAAACUCUCGAUCGAAUUUAAUGCUUCCUCCUCAAGUACCAAUUUUCAAAUCAAAGAUUCCGCUGGUCACUUAUGGACGAACAAAGGAAGGGUUUAGUAAACCCAAAUCGAGAGAUUCUCAAGCCCAAUAUGAUAGAAGGGGUACUGAUAUCCUGCCUCCUCCCCAAGUUUCAUCUGCUCGGUCGAAAGAAUCCAUGAUUCCAAAAUAUAAUGGUUCUAUGCCUCCUCCAGAGGUACUAAUUUCCAGGUCAAAUAACACAAAGCUUCCCGUGUAUAAUCCAGCUUCUCAGUCUGUCAAUUCUGUACCAAAUUCAAGAGCCAAACGAGCAAGACCAAACAAAUUGCUUCCUAGUCGAAGUAUUUAUAGGUCCGAAGUUUUGGACGAUGAUAUUGAAGAUUCAAAUCAAGUAGAUCGUAAUUCAAAUGAACAAAGAUUAAAUUCAAGUAGGCCAUCUAAAACCCAACCAGGUCUUCUUGUACCAAAUAUAUCAGAAGAUGAGAUGGAUAUUGAUAGUGAUCCAAUCACCAAAGUGGAUAAGAUGGAUAUUGAUAUCAACCCGCCUACAGAGAUCGAUCAAACUCAUCAUGGCGGAUCGGAAGAUGAAAUGGAUAUUGAUCAUGAUCCAUCAUUAAAGACCUUUGAGGCCCUGGGUGACGAAUUGAAUGAUAUCAUACAGGACAGAAAUGUUGAUGACUAUCAGGAUGGAAUGGGUGCCCAUAUAGAGGCUAUCUACCAAACUUCUCAAACAGACUUGAUGCGUGUAUUUACUAAUACCACAGAUGGAGAAUUUGAAGAUGAAGGAAUACCAGCAAUUGGUGAACAAUUGGAUUUGGAGUUACAAAUAUCUUCACCGGGUAAAUUGUUCCAUGAGUAUUCUGAUAAGUUGAUUCAUGCACAUUCUGAAGGUCUAGCUAAACUAAUAGAGGUGACACUAAAUCUGAAAGGAUUACCAUGCGAUAGAUGGGUUUCUAAACGUACAGAUACUAACGGGAGUGCUUACAUUCAUUUUCUUAAUGCACUCAUGAUCAUGCUUGCAGGAAUCGAUAAGAGAAUACUAAAACAUUUGGUGGAAGGAAACUUACCCAGUGUGGAACGAAACCCCGAUAAUUAUGAAUUUUCAUCGAAACUUAAGAACAUGAGGGCCGUUUUGACUGGAGAAACGAAAUUGACACAUCGUCCAUAUAUAUACAUUCAAUAUCUAGUGGAUAAAAAAGGAAUAUCUCCAACACCAAAGGAUAUUGGAGAGAUUUUGGACCAUGUCGAACUAUAUCUUGAAGGAUUUAAUAUCAAGGAAAAUCAGGCUUCGAAUGAUUGUGCAUUGGAAAUCGAUACUGCUUUCCAUACAACGAAGCAUGGGUACAAUACAGUACAAGCUGGAUACCGAAGAUAUGCUAGUUCGGAAAGAAAUCCCAGGAGUCUUACAUGGAAGAAAACUAUUCUUCAAUGGGUAGAAACAACCAGAGAUCGACUAAGAUAUAGCGAGAAAGACGAACCAUUGAGUCGACCACUUGUGGAAGUAGGGUAUGCCACUGCACUUUCGAGAUUGGAUGAACACAAAAAUCAUACAGGGUCCAAUUAUAUCAUGAAUUUGAUAGAAGCCAUUUGCAAAGCUUAUUUUCGGGAAAAGUGGAGUAUCAAACAAUAUGUAUUGUUCAAAAUUGCACAUCACACACACGCCAUGUUUGGGGAGAUUUUAUGUACUCGCAUGGCUCAAGCUUACACAACACAUGGUGGUGGGUUCUGUCAUCACGCUGCCGGCAUAUCACUUGGAGCCGUUCACAAAAUGGAUGAUUUAUAUUGGAGAAGAGUUCAAAGAGAUUUGUUGAAUGAAAGGCAUGGAUUUUGGGACAACAUGAGAGAAGCCUCAUUACAAUUACGGGAGACUACGCGGGCUUGUAAUCAAGCCAUUCAAGAGCGAGAAGAUUCUGAAAAGGCGGUCAAAGAAUCUCGAACUAAAUUAGCUAUCGAUAUAGCUACCAAUUGGGAUGAGAGAUUCAAUUCCAUGGGCACACGUGCGAGAGACAUGGGUAAUCGACUGGGUGAAAUUUUGCAAAGGAUCGAAAGGCAACGAGAAGAGAAGCGUCGAGUAAUGAAUGAAUUUCUUACUACUAUGGGUCCUUUAAGAUCCCUCAUAGAACUUGCUAAUAUGGCAAACGAAGAAGAGGAUGGAUAUAUGAUCGAAUGA